CCCUUGUGACCAGCACCGUGUGACGAAUACCAGCCCGCUGAGACGGGCCGAUUCGUGCGGGCUCGACAGCGUGGGGCGCAGCGUAGUGCGUGGUGCAGUUAGCCCAAGUUGGUCGGCGUCAGUGGUCGUCGAGCGACGCUCAGGAAGAGAGGUCUUCCUCGUUUCGAAACGGAACUCCCUCCGGAGGAUCUUGACCGCGCGAGUGCCUCCCGUCGCUGGCACCCUGGCGGCGGUGCGGGCAAACGACGAGGGGUUGGAAAAGUGAGAGCGAAAGAGAGAUAUAUCAGGACAAUCAAAUCUCGGGGAACGAAGACUUAUAUCCGGCAAUUGUUCUUAGAGCUAAAUUAAGACUCUACACGAAGAGGAAUAAUUAUGACGGACGACAUGACCUCGGCUCAAAAAUAUUGUCUUCGCUGGAAUAAUCAUCGGUCGAACCUGCUGUCCGUCUUCGAGGACCUUCUGCAAACCGAGGCGUUCACCGAUGUAUCCCUCGUCGCGGAUAACGGUCAGAUCGUCAAGUGCCACAAGAUCGUCCUAGCGGCAUGCUCGUCCUACUUCCAGUCUCUGUUCAUCGCUCUGCCGUGCCUGCACCCCACGAUCAUCCUCAAGGACGUUAAAUAUUCGGAGCUAAGGGCGAUAUUGGAGUACAUAUACCGUGGCGAGGUGAAUGUGCAGCACGAUCAGCUGAAGAACUUGCUCAAGAUCGCGCAGAUGCUGCAGAUCAAGGGUCUGGUGGAGUACGAUGACAACGUUGGCGGACGGUUCUCGCAAAACGAUUUUCAUCGGCAUGAAGAUAUGAUGGAGACGUCCUUGUCACCACCGCCGGCCAUCAGCACCAGUACCAAUGCCACUAAUAUGGCGGUGCACAGCAGCGGUCAUAUGUCACCGCCGCACUCCACCGAUGGUAUCUACGGUGGUCUCUACAACAAGGGAAGGACCUCGGGAACGACCUCGGGAACGACCUCGGACUUCAAUCAAAUGCAGAAUCAAUUUCCAUAUUGGUCGCUGCCCUCCUUAUUGCAUCACCAGUUAUCGCCGCGCUCCUCUUCUAUUCUUCCCUCGGCUCUCAGCGGAAAUGGUGGUUCUUCCUCCUACGACGGCUUCACCGAAUCGCUCAAACGCAAGAAGACGUCGCUCUUGAACCCGCCGAAUCACGACACACCGAUACUGCGCACCGUCCUCGGUCAGAGUCACGCUGACAGUUCCUUGGGUACAUCGAUGUUGCAAUCUGACAAUCACGAGCCGAUGCAUCUUCGCUCCAGCAGCAACGGCUCUGCAAACGACGACAAUCAUCGCGGCAACAUCGAUUCGGCUCAUAACGAGACGGCUCACUCCUCUCACACGGAGCCUUCCGUGGAUGAGGAUGAGAAACGGCCAUCGUCGCAAUCGCACACCACAAAUAUCAAGUCAGGUAACGGGACUCAUGCACAAUCAAAACCCGAAUGGAAACGAUACAAGCAAUACACCCGAGAUGAUAUCCAGGGAGCGAUCGAGGCGGUAAAGAGAGGCAUGAGCGCCGUGCAAGCGGCACGCAUGUACAACGUACCAUCCCGUACGCUUUACGACAAGGUGAAGAAGCUCGGCAUCCCGACAUCGCGACCACUCAAGCGUUCAACAAGCAACGGCGAUAGCGCGGCUUCUUUCCCAUUCGAUGUCGGUGCUAAUGUGAACGGCAGGAUUUACAGUGGCAGCAUGUUAUCCAAAAACGAGAACGAAAAUAGCGGCAAUCUCAAUAACUUUGAGCACUUGUCUAUUAGUCCAUCGAGCGCAAACACGUACGAUGUCGCUUAUAAAACGUCAAAGGAUACGUCACAGGAUCACGAUUCGAUGUCUGAUUCGGCACGCUACAGCACAAGUCCGGUUAUACGCUGCCCUAAACAAAAGCAACAACAGAACGUCGAAGAUGAAGUGGAAGAUCUAUCGCUUUGCAUUUACUACCUGCUAUGCAUAGCAGCAGUAAACUUGACGUUCACCUCCGAUUUGGAGAUUACCACGACAAAAAGUUGGGACUGCCCGCUAGAAUGCAUUUGCCUCUCUCGAAAACAGGUACUCUGCAAUACAGGUGGCCUCGAGGACAUCCCGACGCAGCAGCUGCCGGAGACCGUGGAGGAGCUGUCGUUGACGAAGAACGACUUCCCGGUGAUAAAGGGCGACACGUUCGCCGGUCUCCGGUCGCUGCGUAAGCUCAUCCUGGACGGCAACAAUAUCUCGAGUAUACGGCCGUUCGCGUUUCGCGGUCUGAAUCGGCUACGCGAGCUGUCGAUCCAGCAUACCCCCUUACCUUGCAUCGAGAGGUUUUCGUUCGCCGCCCUGCAGAAUGUCUCCGUCUUGCUGCUGGCCAACAAUAAGAUCCGCUUCGUCGAGGGCUACUCGUUUGCCGGCGCGUCCAAUGUGAAUCUGAUCCUGCUGAGCAACAAUCCGCUGCACACCAUCCGCAGCCACGCGUUUGCCGGCCUCACCAAUGUCAACAAUCUCAUCUUCCCGUCUGGCAUCCGCGUAAUCGAAAAGAACGCCUUCGACGGCCUCCAGUAUGUCGGUCAGCUCAAACUCAGUUAUAUGGAUCUGGCUGGGUUGCAGCCCAAUACAUUUUACGGUCUGUCGUACGUCCACUCGAUUUAUAUUCAAGAGAGCGACCUGGGCACCGUGCAGAAGGAUGCGUUCGCCGGUCUUACACACGUGAACUACCUCAACAUACUCAACAACAAGGUGGAUCUGAUUCAACGCCUGCAUCUGCGCUACGAAAACUACAUCGAGAUGCUGCGCUUCCACGGUAAUCACGUGCUGGAGGCGCCGCGUCACGCCAGGGACGUCGUCCUCGAGGUGACCACGAUCAGCGCGAUCGACAAUCACUUCCCGUGCGACUGCCAGGCGCACAACGUCUUGGAGAGCGACUUCGCCCGCGGCGACAGCGUUGAAUUUCAACGCCGCAACUAUUGCAUCUCGCCGUUCGAGUACAACGGCAAGCCCAUGAACGUCGUCGACUUUGAGCUCGUCGCUCGAUGCCACGACAAUGUGAUUCAGGACAACCUGGGCUCGGGCGAGAUCGGGCUAUCAUCCCUAUGUAUAUCAGGAUUUACGUUGCUGAUCGCCUUUUUGUUCUCGAUGAAUCUCUUGCGAUGAGCGUCACUCUUCUUCUUCAACGAUCGUCCCGUACACGUUACUCUUAGAUGCUCCUAUGCGAUUAUAAGAGAAUGGUCAGAUUUUUAUGCUCUCGCUUAUUGGCUUUGUCGAGAAAUUCUCCAUAUCUUCGUUUUCGUACAGUUGAAUCUUCGUGUAGCUCGGUUGUAAAAUUGCCGAAGCAAAAAGGUAUCUCGUACGAAUUAUAUUGAAUAUAUCGUUAUCGCUGUAGAUUAUUGUACCAAUCUUCUAUCAAUCUAAUACAACUUCGAAAGGUACUAUAUAUAUAUCAUAUUAGAGUGCAAAAGAUAUAGUCUUGCGAUUUGACGAAAUUGAUCUGUGAAAGACAAAGCCAUACAAAUUUUAAUUAGAUCUACG